AUGAUUUACCUCCUAGCUUCAGAAAAAGCAGUGGAUGUCAGCAAUGAGAGUUAUGCGACAGACUUCAUCCUCCUAGGGUUUUCUGAUCAGCCCCAAUUAGAGCGCAUCCUCUUCGUGGUUGUCCUCAUCUCCUAUCUCGUGACUCUGAUGGGAAACUCAACCAUCAUCCUGGUCUCAUACCUGGACGUCCAGCUCCACACUCCUAUGUAUUUCUUCCUCUCCAACCUGUCCUUUUUAGAUCUCUGUUUUACAACCAGCAUUGUCCCCCAGAUGCUGGUCAAUCUUUGGGGUCCCAAAAAGACUAUUACAUAUUGGGGCUGUGUGCUCCAAUUCAUCAUCUCUGGAGACCUGGGAGCCACUGAAUGUGUCCUGCUGGCUGUGAUGGCCUAUGACCGCUAUGCUGCCAUCUGCCAACCUCUUCACUACACGGUCAUUAUGAACCCUCAGCUCUGCCACAAGCUGGUACUGGCUACCUGGUUAACUGCUCUAGGAUGUGCCAUACUUGUGUGCACUUUGACUUUAAAGUUGCCAAGAUGUGGGCACCGAGAGGUGGAUAAUUUUUUCUGUGAGAUGCCAGCACUGACCAAGCUGGCUUGUGUGUCUUCCAAAGUAGUUGAGACUGUCGUCUUUGUUCUUGGAGUGGUACUUCUUGUAGUGCCAUUAUCACUCAUUCUCAUCUCCUAUGGGAUGAUCACACGUGCUGUGAUGAGAAUCAAGUCAGCAUCAAGAUGGGGAAAAAUCCUCAAUACCUGUGGCUCCCACCUCACUGUGGUGACUCUCUUCUAUGGAACAGCCAUUUCUAUGUACAUGAGACCACCGAAUAAGGGCAAAUCCCAGGAGGGCGAGAAGUUUCUCACUCUCUUCUACACCAUCAUCACACCCAGCCUUAACCCUCUGAUCUACACAUUAAGAAACAAAGAUGUGAAGAGUGCAGUGAAGAGACUGUUGUUUGUAAAGAAAUUCUUAGUAAAGUCAUGA